UUAUUGGAAGCCCAGAGGGCGGCCAACAACAUUAUUCAUCGGAUUUUGUCACACUACCGGACAUCCAGCUGCAAUGGAGGGUCGAAAUAAACAGCGGGCUGGCAAUGAGGUACGCGCAGCACCCCCCAACCAAGACCAUUUUCGUAUCAAAGUAGAGGAAGGUGUGAUGAACCUCGAUCUAAGCCUGGCUGCUGAACAACCGUUCGACAUUGGAACUUUUGCUAGUAAUAGCUACGAGCGAUGCAAGGCAGAUUUCACCCAACAGGACGCUGGUGAUCACGAUCAAAAGACGCUAGAUCUAGAGCAGCAAAUAGAUAGAGCAUCGAAGGCACCAUCCUGCGCGGUUUAUCAAAUUGGUAGAUCAGUGGCAAUGGCGAAUGAGGAUAAUGAUUUGAUCAAAUACGAUGCUGGUAGCAACCAGCGAGAAAUGGCUAAUUCAGGGAAGCACGAAUGUGAAAGCUGUGGCAAACGUUUCCCCAAAAAGUUGCAUCUUAAACGUCAUAUGCGAUGUCAUUAUCGCGAAACAUUUCAAUGUGAUGAUUGCGGAAAGAAGUUUAAAAUGAAAAUUUAUCUCGAGAAACACUGUCGCUUGCAUCAGGAUCAAGAUAAACACGAAUGUGACAUUUGCGGUAAAAAAUAUGCUGACACGCGAUGGUUGAGUCAACAUCGUCUCGGGCACGUUGGAGAGAAACGUUACGACUGCAAAAUAUGUGGUAAGGCAUUUAGGGGAAGCUAUGGUGUCACACGACACAUGCAAACGCACAGCGAUGAAAAACCGUUUGGCUGUGAUUUGUGUGAUAAGCGAUUCGCGACCAAACAGAAGGUGGAAUAUCAUCGCCGACGACAUAGUGACAAUCCGUUUUUCCCGUGUGAGACAUGCGACAAGAGCUUCUACACUAACUAUGAACUGCAAGUCCACUUACGGCGACAUACCGGCGCAAGACCCUAUAUAUGCAAACUUUGUGGAAAAGGUUUUGCUUAUAAGACUAGUUUGAAUGAUCACGAGCAGAGAAUACAUCUGCAAAAUAAGACCGUGGGUAGAAGAUCGAAAACGAAACCUGUGAAAAUCAACAAAGCAUUGUAUGAUGUAGAGACAGGCCAAUCGACUACUAACGGAGCAAAAGCUGAAGAGGGUACUAGCAAAAAGCCCAGUUCCCCUGGUAAAGUGAAUUAUAUUUGCGAGUUCUGCAGCAAAGGUUUUCCCACUAGAAGAGGUCUCAAUCAACAUGUUCUUCUACACGAUACAAUAACUAAACCUCAUGCUUGCAAAACUUGUGGCCUAGCAUUUCGAUAUAGGAGCUACCUGGUUGAGCAUAUGUAUACUCACUCUGACGAACGACCUUACAAGUGUGAAGUUUGCGACAAAAGUUUCACACGGGUAGAACGUCUUCUGGCACAUUGUAGCACCAUGGACCAUACUCUCACUGACGUAAAGCUUUUUAAGUGCGAGGUUUGUAACGAGAAAUUCACGUUCAAGAAAAAUCUCAUUAAACAUUCACUCAAACACAAAGUUGGAGCUAAGCCGCAUGUUUGCAAAAUCUGCGGUAAAGGAUUUCAAUAUAAAAACAUUCUGAUUAGGCAUACGUGGGGUCACGCUGUCGAACCACCCUACAAAUGUGAAAUCUGCAACAAACCUUUCAUGCAAGAGAAAAACUUCCUAGCACAUAAUCGGGUGCAUCCAGUCGAACACAUUUGCCAUAUCUGUGCAAAAGUAUUUCAUCAGAUGAAAGACUUAGAACAGCAUGUAUGUGUCAAAGACCAAUCGGUUUCAGAUUCAAAGCUUAUCAUCGGAACAGCAGAAAAACCGCAGCAUCUCUCUGAUGAAGAGCAAUCAGUUUCAGAAUCGGAUCCAUUCGCAGAAACGGUUGAGACUUCGUCUGAUGAUGAAGAUAAACCUAUUCCAGAGUUGUACCUAAUGAACGAAGUAGCAGAUACACCACAGCAUCUCUCAGAUGAAGAUCAAUCGAUUUCAGAGCCGUACUUAAAGAAUGAAGCAGUAGAGACACCGCAGCAUUUCUCUGAUGAAGACAACACAUUUACAGUAGCGGUAGAGACAGAACUGCAUCUCUCUGAUGAACACCAAUCUAUUGCAGAACCGAUCCUAUCCAAUCAGGCAGUAGAAAGUCCCGGCGAACCGCCGGCAGUAACCGGCGAGACGCAAAGUCCCACUGAUAACAAAAGUUUUAUGUGCGAAAUCUGUAGCAAAUGUUUUCCAACUAGAAGAGGUCUCAACCAACAUGUUGAUCUACACAAAACAACAAGCAAGCCUCAUGUUUGUACAAUGUGCGGCAGAGGAUUUCGAUACAACAGCUACCUGGUUGAACACAUGUUGACCCACUCUAGCGACCGACCGCACAAGUGUGAAAUCUGCAACAAAAGUUUCACACGAAUACAGAGGCUGCUGGAGCAUAAUCGCAUCAAGCAUCAUAGUACUGCCGACGAAAAGAGUUUUGAGUGUGAAACCUGUAACGAGAAAUUUACGUUCAAGAAAGAUCUCAUUAAACAUUCACUCGAGCACAAGAAGGGCAGUAAACCUCAUCUGUGCAAAACCUGCGGUAAAGGCUUUCGCUAUAAGAGCUAUCUGGUUGAGCACAUGUUGCGCCACGAGGAUGUAAAACCUUUCACGUGUAUGAUCUGCAACCAAGGCUUCAUCAGAGAAAAGCUCUUACUGGCACAUAUUCGGAUGCACACGGCCGUACACAAGUGUGAAGUUUGUGAAAAAGUGUUUAAUAAACCGAAAGACUUGCAGCACCAUCUCCUCGAGCAUGCCGUUAUGUGCGAUAUAUGCGGCAAUUCGUUCAGUAGAAAUUACAUUAAGAAACACAAACAAAUACACAGCGGCGCUAGAAAGCAAUAUCCGUGCGAGCUGUGUGGCAGGAAAUUCCUCACCCGGCAUGACAUGAAAACGCACCUGGAGCGACACACCGGCGAGCGGUCGCACCUGUGCGAAAUAUGCGGUAAAGAGUUCUUCACCAAAGGCGAAGUUAGGCAUCAUAUGCGAGUUCACAUUGGGCGACCACGAUGAAAAGGGCAAUCGGUACUAGGGCAAAGACUAUGCUCACAUACAUAAAGGUAAUCAUCAUCUUUCAUUUUGUAAAUUCGAUUGGAAAAUCGAAACUUUGUAUUUGAGAAUAAGGCCGAACACUGCGGCUUAUUCUGACUUCUAUCAUCCUACAUGCUACAAAUUAAA